AUGCUCACCACCCCCAGCAACCUCUACAACGCUUUUGGGACCCCCGAGAUGCUUCAGCCGCAAGCCUCGCCUCCAUCAAGCGACGAGUUCAUCGGCUCCGGCUCUCGGGAUACCACCUUGACAAAGCUGUUCGUUGGCGGCCUCAGCUACCAAACAUGCGAUCGCCGCCUGCGCAACUACUUCGAGCAGUUCGGCGACAUCGAGGAAGCCGUCGUGAUCACCGACAGGCAGACGCAGAAGAGCCGGGGAUACGGAUUCGUGACGAUGCGUGACCGCGUUGGAGCCGAGCGCGCUGCGCGGGACCCGAAUCCGAUCAUUGACGGGAGGAAGUGCAACGUCAACCUGGCCUACCUUGGUGCGAAGCCGCGCGGGAAUGUCACUGUAGCCGCUGCCGCUCAGGCUCAAAUCCAGACGCAGGCUGCGAUCCAGGCUCAGCUGCUAUCCUCGCCAUUUGCGGUUCAAACGCUGCUGAACCCGGCGCUGACUCCGGCUUUCCUCAACAUGCAUAUGCUCCGCCAACAUCAACAUCAACUCCUUGCCCAGCAGGCCGCCCUUCAGCGCGUCGCCCUGCUGCAGGCCCACAUGCCCGAGCUGAGCGGCAUGUCAACCUUCCCGGAUCCAUCUACCGCAUCGACUGUGGCCGCCCCGAGCUCGGCCCACCCCUUCAUUGACCCUGCAUUGUUCGGCAAGGAUCGCCCCGAGUGCUACCCCUGGAAUCUGCCCACCAAGCAGGUUGACCAGAAGCCUUUCCCCGGCUCGUUCCCGCGUAUG